UUCCACAGUGGCAGUAGAGUUGUCAUGCUUGUGUUUUGCUUUGGUUUUUUGUUAUUGUUUCGGGUUAGUGGAGCAACUGAGCCCGAGGAGGAAAGCACGACUUUGUCGCUCGUUUUUUAACUUCAAUAAAAAAACAUCCGAAUCUCUUGCACCUAAUAGAGACGGCUCGUUUCUGCUGUUUGCAGAGAAGUCAGGGCGAUAAAGGGGCAACAUAGCCUGCCAUUGUUUCGUGUUGCCAUGGAGAAAGCUUGGCAGGUGGAGUUCAGAAACGUGGGCUGCAGUUACUUCCCUCAGAGCAGAGUCGAUUGCCAUUACACACUAAGCUCCCAGCACAACUGGACCAACAGUGACUGGAUAGGGCUCUUCAAGGUGGGAUGGUCAUCAGUACGGGAAUACCACACCUUUGUUUGGGCACUUGCCCCAGCUGACUACCAAGAGGGCACAGAUGUCAAUUGCUGUGUGCACUUCCAGGCCUCCUACCUUCCCAAGCCCAGCUCUCAGGAGUAUGAGUUUGUAUAUGUGGACUCAAAGGGGGAAGUGUGCUCCUGCAGUUCCAAGUUCACUUUUUGUGCCCCCAAACCCCUUGAAGAUCUGGUGACCCUUGAGGAGGAGUCCCAUGGAGAGGAAGGAGGCACAGACAUGUUACUGGUAGUGCCAAGGGCUGAACUGCUGCAGAAUCGACUGCAGGAAUGUUUGCGAGAGCGUGCUGAGCUGUUGCAGGUGCAGGAAGUGGCAAACAAGCAGAAGGAGAAAGAGAAGGAAGAGUACAAGAGGGCGAGGGAAACCUGGUACAGACAACGCAGAGAUCUGGAAAGUGACAUUGUUAAUCUGCAGGAAGAGCUGUGGCUGAGCCAAGAGAAGAUCAAGGGGAUGGAGUGGAAGCAGAAGGAGGAGCGGGCUUUUGGAGAAUCACUGGUCCAGGAAAAAAGCACUUUACUGGAUGCAAGGGAGGAGAGCAAAGUGCGAAUCAAAGAGCUGGAGGAGGAUAUCAAAGCCCUGACACAGAGAAAUGUGGAAAUAGAGACAGAGUUGGAAUGGAUGAAGGAGAGAGCAAAGAGGGCUGCAGCUCAGCGAAAAGAAGAGGAGGGUGAGAGAAAAACCCUACAGACCAAGCUGGAACAGACAGAGGGUGAACUAAGAAGUCUGUCCAAGGAGUUUCAGGGUCUGAGGACUUCACUGGCCCAGAGAGACACAAGUGUCCUGCAGCUCCAGAGCACCAUCACCACCCUGACUCAAAAACUCACCACCGCCCACAGGAAAGAGGCUGACAGUGAGGCAGCCCAAAAGGAGAUGCGCAGCUUGCGGGAGCGCCUGAACGCCGGUGAGCGUUCUGCAGAGGGUGUGAAGAGUGAUCUCUGUGCCAUGGUAGCUCAGAGGGAUCAUGGGCAGGCAGAACUGCACCAGGCUCGCCUACAGGCGGCCCAGCUCACCCUGCAGCUGGCUGAUUCCAGUCUGGCCCUGAGAGAGGGAAGAGCCCGCUGGACCCAGGAGAGGCAGGGUCUGCAGCGCAAUGCUGAGAAGGACCAGGAGCGUCUGGAGAGACUGAACACAGAGAUGCAGAAAACUGAGGAGAGGCUGCAGGAGGAAAUGAUGGAGAGAGUGAAGCUGGAGGUAGAGCUUGGGAGAGAACAGGAUUGCAACAGGGUUCAGCUGAGUGAAACCCGCAGAGAGCUGCAGGAGCUGAAGGCUAGCCUGAGGGUGGCACAAAAAGAAAAGGAGCAGAUACAUGCAGAGAAACAGGAGUUGAUGGAGUACAUCUGUCAGCUGGAGCAGAAGAUGGGAACAGUGGCUGGUGCCAAGUGGAGCGCUGCCCUGACCGCCUCUACAGGGCGGCCCGGCAGUGCGUUAUCUGACUCUGAGGACGAGAACCCCGAGGCUCUGCAGCCCCUCCGCCCAUCCAGGCCUCUGGGACACUACAGCUUGUGUGAGCAGGGCGAGCCGGACUCCCUGCUCCUUGCCACACCUCCUCCUUCCCCCCGAGAGAUGGAGAGGAGUGCGGUGGUCAUCAACCAGCCAGCCCCUCUCUCCUCGCCACGCCAGGCCGGCGCUGACACACUGGCACACAGCUCUGACUCGGAGGAGGAAUCUGAUGCUCUUCAGUGUGGAAGGCACAGCUCUGCAGAGGAAACAGCGCUUUUGCUGGCUGAGCAUGACACUGUUCUCAGUGAUCUGGCCGACACAUCGCUGUGGUAACCAGUGGACAUCCAGACACAGCCCAGUAAGAGAUCAAAAAAAAGGAGAAGUCGGACUUUGUUGGAGUUAAUGUGCUUCCACAUUACUUCCACUAACAAGCACAUAUACUCACACAGACACAAUGUUAAUAUGCAAUUUAUCUUUGUAUGCUUUCUGCUGCGAUCUUUGGUUUCUCCCUCUUUGACUCCUGUGUUAUUGCUCCUGCUGAAUGACAUAACGCUUGUGGCGGCAGGUCAACUCCACAUUUAUGGCUGACAUAAGACUGUUGCACAGUUUUAGGCUCGAGCUCUGGUGUUUGAGGGUUCACAGGCUGUAGCUGAGUGAUUCCUGUUGAAUCAUUGCAACGUCGAGAGCUUUACGACGGAUGUUAUGUCGCUUUUAUGACAUUUGUGAUUAGGAGACAUGACAGGCACUGUAAUUAUGAUGUUUUGUGCAGGGGGGCCCGGCUCCACUGGAAAUCACAGCAAAACUCAGCUCCAGCUUUAAAUCCUCCACAGCAGCUUCGAAACGCUAUUCAUGAUGGCAUAACGUAAAUGAUACAGCAACAUAGCUAGAGGUAUAUUGCAGCAAUAUAGGUCUAUGACAUCAUAUUUCUCCUCCAUUUACCAGAAGUAAGGUUUGAUAUGCACUUUCUUGAAUGCAUUAGCGGUUGAUUGUUGUUGUGCAGAUGCAGUUUAAGAGAUUUAGCAAAGCAAAGGCGCUUUAAGAUGGAAAGCAGGGGAACUAGAGAGCUUAUUGAACAGAUUGUGUUUAAAUUCUAUUAAGAUAGAUGCCAGAUGCAACUUUCUACUUCAGUAACUUCAUAUCAUUAUUAUUAUAAAACAAACGCUCAUAAGCUUUUCACUAUACAUCAGCUGCAGUUUUAACAUGUUUAUGAUCCUGGAUUUCAUAGGUUUUGAAAUGAAACACUAAUUUACAAGCUAGUCAGUGGGAUAUUUAGUGUUGUUACAGUUUGUGUUGUCACAGUUUGUAUUGUACAGAAAUCUUAUCCACACCCACAGAUCUCUAAAUUUGUGCCUAAGAUAAUUUUAAAAAGUGAAAGAAAAUCAUGUAGAUCCUAACAUCGUGACAUGGUGUUGGUCACCCCUCCCCUUAGCCCGCUGGCAAUAUACUGCCUAAUCAAAAUUGCUGCCUACCUUUUAAUCAAUACCGUAUGCAUUUUCAUGAUUUUCUAUUUAUAAUUAACAUGAGUUAUGCUGCAAUGAGACUAUAUUCAGGUUUUUAGUUUGACAUAGGUGUUUGUUUUUCACACAACUCUUUGUGCAAUGUGUGACUAAACUUCUCAUGCUUGGCUCAGAAGAUUUGCUAGACACUUUGAUGCUUGAUUUUAUCUGCUGUAUUUGCACCCUAUUUUUACUAGAGAAGAGUUUUUAGAUGAAAAGUUGCUAUACAGAUACUUAAAGACUUUACGUCUUCCGUGUGUCCUUUCAUCAUUAUCCUAAUCAUUACCAUGGUGUGUUGUGUUUUCGCAUACUUUAUGUAAACUUUUUGUUUUACUGUAUGUUUGGGAAUACUCACUGUUGAGGUUUGUGGUUGAGUUACUCUGUUUCGAGAUAUUGGUGCUAGUGAAGGAGAAUGAUACCAGCAUGCCUAGGAGGAGACCUGCAAAAGAAAUUGAUUUUAAUGUUCAGACAGUUUAUGCAAGAAGGGGAUGAUUGAAGAAACAGUGAAGGGAGUUAUGUUUUUGAUCCGCUCGUUUACCUUGUGUUACUGGUGGUGUUGUAGCACAUGAUGACUCUCCUUAUAUAGACGUAGGAAUACUUUAAGGGAGGUUGGUGUUCUUUCCAAGCAGAUAUCACACUACAUGUAUUCUCCAUAGUCUUCAUUUGUGGUUAUAAUCUGACUUUAUGUCUUGAGGAACAUUUUUUGUCGUCCCGCUGAGAGCUCCUGUACUCAUCUCCCAUUGCAAUAAAGCUCCAGUGGUUAUGGUUUGUUUUGAAGUUUUGUGUGUGAAGGAUACCCCACAUGUAUGCCACCCUAUCCUGUAUUUUCUUAUCAGUCAUGUAACAGGGGUUUGGGCGGGGGUUCUGUAUAAUAAAAUGGUUUAUGUAUCCAUCA